CCUCCUCCCUCAGACUCACAGCAGCCCUCCUUUCCCUGGAGCCCUGAGGUAUCAGGUCUUCCUCUCUCAGCCCCCCGAAUCAGGCCACCAGCUGCAGGACCCCCUGGUUGCAUCAUCCCUUGUGGGCGGUCCCGGCCACCGUGGAAUCCUGGCUCCUGCCAAGUGUGUCAAAUAGCAUGGAUCAGGCCUGCGGAGGGUGACAGGGCGGGUCUAGCCGCUAUAAAUCCUGGAGCUUCUGUCCCGGUCCCAGGGGACAGGGCGCGCUGUUGGCCAGGACCCACACACACAAGGACCUAGGCCUAGCCCAUCCUCACACCUCCCUCGCCCCAGGACCUGAGCCCUGGAUCAGCAAAGACAUGGACGGGCUCCAGCCUCCAGGGCUGCGGGUUCCCGUGCUGGCCGCCCUGCUUUUGGGAGUUGCCCAGGCACACCCCAUCCCUGAUUCUAGCCCUCUCCUCCAAUUCGGGGGCCAGGUCCGGCAGAGGCACCUCUACACAGAUGACGCCCAGGAAUCGGAAGUACAUCUAGAGAUCCGGGCAGACGGCACCGUGGCGGGGACUGCCCACCGGAGCCCUGAAAGUCUCUUAGAAAUGAAAGCCUUGAAGCCAGGCGUCAUUCAGAUCCUGGGGGUCCAGACAUCCAGGUUCCUGUGCCAGAGGCCGGACGGGACGCUGUACGGCUCGCUCCACUUCGACCCCAAGGGCUGCAGCUUCCGGGAGCAGCUGCUGGAGGACGGAUACAACGUGUACCACUCGGAGGCACACGGCCUCCCCCUGCGCCUGUCUGCCAGAGACCGAGCCCCCCGGGGCCCAGCCCGCUUCCUGCCACUGCCAGGCCUGCCUCCUGACCUCCUGGUGCCACCCCUGCCACCGGACGUCCUAGCCCCUGAGCCCCCCGACGUGGACUCCCCAGACCCCCUGAGCAUGGUGGGGCCCUUGCUGGGCCAAAGCCCCAGCUACACUUCCUGAGGCUGCCACCGCUCACAGCCUACCGAUGGGUCUUCUGUUUAU